AUAAAACUGCAAGUGGGGAUCUCGUUGAUGAGUCUGCAUUAGACAGAUCAUUGAACUGUGUGAACUGGCUGGAGACUUUCGCUGUUGGAAACACCAUGAAGCCUCUGAUUCUUUCAGCAUCCAGUCAGGCAACAACGCCGGCAGGAAAAUCUUCCUGCAGUGAACAGACACGAGGUGUUAAAU